UUCGGCGUCGAACAGCUUCUCGGUUACUCAUGCAACGUGCAACAAAAUGCCGAUCAGCCUCCGUACACUGUGUCUCGUGACACUGGUCUUGUGCAAUAUUCACGGCAGUCUUGAACAUGAAAUUCCAAGGAGGAGCUUCCUGUCGCGAAGAGCCAUCGACGGUACCAGAGGAAGGAAAUACUUCGAUCCGGAAGAAGAAGGAGCCUUUGACAGUUAUGGAUCUGCCGGUGGCCAGUACGAUCCUUACGAAGAGAGAACAGACUUGUCGGACAUAAGGAGGAACGUGCCAGGAGAGCCAGGCGUCGAUUAUCCUGCGUAUACGACGCUGCCUCAGACAGGAUUCACGUGCGAAGGACGUUCACGAGGUUACUACGCGGACGAGGUGGCGGGAUGCCAAGUGUUCCACGUCUGCCACGACGUGCUGGUUUCCUCGUUCCUCUGCCCCAUAGGGUCUAUCUUCAGCCAGAAGUUGCUCACCUGCGACUGGUGGACGAAGGUGGACUGUUCGUCCAGCGAGAAGUACAUCGACGUGAAUCGAAACAGCUAUCAGCAGGACGACGACGAGAUGAUUCGCAACGCCUACGCCAUGAUCAGUCUCCAGUCGGGAACAGACGUGACCAAGGAUGGUCUGGUGGAUCCGGACAGAACAGGAAGCGUGGUGGACUAUCAGCGGGGAACAGGAACAGGAAGGGUUCCCGAUUACUCGUCGGUGGACUCGACUGGAAACGACUUGAGAAGCAACUUCGAGGAUUACCCGAGACCAGUCCACGAUUUUCUGCCGCCUUAUCAGUUCAAGGAGAGGAAACAGGAGACCAGUCGAAACUACCAGGAGAGAUUCUAUCCCCAGGAGAAGUCACGAUCACCUUACCAGGAUUCACCGAUCAUACGCGUGCAGACGCUGAACGAUCCUGGCCACGGGACUCACCAACAGAGGACCAGAGACUUCCAAGACAGCUAUCGAAGACCCAACGAGUUCAACGAUCAGUUUCAGCCCUCCUACGCGCCCACUGUGCCCACUGUUACCACCACCACGAGAAGGUUCUACUCGCCUACGGUGCCCACCACCUACAGACCGUCGACUUUGGCCUACAAUAAGCUGGACCAAGUCAUAGACAGCUCGGACUACUUCUUCUCCCACAGCGGGACCAAGAGUUACGUCACUCCGCCGACCAGGAUAUUCCCUAACGACCAGCAAGCUUCGAAGAAGACCAAUCCUGCGAGGAAAGCGAACAGGGAGGAUUACGAUCGACCACAGAGCUACCAGGAUGAUUACACGGAUCUAACCAGCGAAGAGGAGAGGAGAGAUAGCCCGCGAGAGAGAUUCCAAGUGAGAGUCGCUGAGGAUCUUCGAUUCAAUAGAUCGAAUUUGCAGAACGAUAACAGCCCAUCGUUCGAGGAAGCUUACCAAGGGUUCCAGGGCGAUGAAAAUGUGGACGAUAUCGAAACGAGAGGCAGCAUAGGCUUGGGGCACGCGCUGCGUCAACCGUUCAGGGGGAUUUCCGUUCAGGAGCAGAAUCCUGUGGAGGACAAAGCCAAAGGAGCUGCGUUCAACGCAUCGUUCGAUGCUCACGAUAGAAAAGAUUAUCAGUAUAUCACAGGAAGACCGGUAUCAAACGUGGAAACGACGACCCAACAAUACCAAAGAGACGAUCAAAGACGUUCGGAGACCUUUGUGCCGACCACGACUCCUUCCUACAUCGAGAGCACCAUAAGAGUGAGCACCAUAGACUCGAGUUCGAAUUUCGACCAAACAAAGACUCACCCCUCGCUGAUAAACGCAUCGAGUAAUUUGAAAAAUCAUUCAGAGUCGUUCGAACUUCCGAGAAUUUUGAAAACUUCGGAAACAACUCGCAGCAAGUUCCAGAUUAAAGUGCCAGAAUUGUCCGAAGUGUCUAGUCUAUCGAUUCGUUACUCGUCUCACGCUGGAACGAGGACCACAGAGUUACCAGGGUUCCAGAAGGACUAUACUGAUCAGUCAACUGCCUACGACGAGAACAUAGGAGUUACCAGUAACUAUGAUAACUCUGGCUCUCGUUAUUACUCCACCAUAAAAGCUGAUAGUUUGCAACCGGAGGUUCCAAGAGUUUCUUCGACAAUAGCGUCCGAGUCCUCUGGAUUAGGACUGUCGUUUGCAUCCAAAAAUAAAACUAAAGAGAUUAUCGAUGAUUUUACUGUCAGAGACUCUGUCGAAGCUCCCAGCUCGAAAGUACCUUGCUUCGAUCAAACUGGAGAACCCUGCAACACGACCAAACUUGAGAAAACGAUGAAAGUGACGACAGUGUCUUCGAGUUCUUCCUAUUCCGUAGGCAAUUUUGACGAAAUUCCGACACAAAGGCUGCACAAGCAGACUCCAGUGUCGCUUUUGGAAUCGGUUUCGAAGCCCGUUGCGCAAAGAAGCGUGGAGAAAUCAACAGGGAAAUUGGAAACAGUGGAUAAAGGGGAUCUCGUUGAAAGUUCGACAGCAAAUGCUUUGUUGAGGUCGAUCCAGCCGAAAACUGUUAAGGAAAUCGAGGAAGCCAUCGACAGGAACAAUUCCUCCUAUCAAGUAACGUUAACGUUGAACAAAGACGAGGAAUUGGUGCCCAUCGAGGAGGACUUGAUCGAUAAAUUGAUCUCCCAACAAGACAAAACAGCACACGAGCUGAAAAUAAUUAAAUCCGUCGAGCCAGAGAUUCCAACUACUACUUCAAACGCUUUGGACGUCAAAGAUCGGUUAAACAUCGAAAAUAAUUUCACGGACGACUCGAAAAAGCAGAAUUUCAACAGCGUGAGUCUCCUUCAAUUGAUGUCCGAGUUGCUGAGACUGGAUCGUGCUCCUCGACCCUUUUCCUUGGAUGCUCAGAGACCAGAACUGAAAACGAUCGCCAAAGAAGUAAAGUCCACCACGCAGCUUCGAGACUUAAGCAGAUCUCAAGAGACCUCGACAGAGUCUGGGAACAAGAGUUCGGUGAUCCCACUGCCUCUGUUGAAGAAACAGAUCCUAGGUCAGUUGAUGCAGAACUUUGGAGAACCUAUUUACAGGGCAGAUCGACAGCUCGUGUUCGAUCUGCCCAAAGAGGAAAGGUCCCUCGAUUUUCAAACUGGCCUCCCUCUUAAGAGUUCUAAUAGAAACGACGAGUCGAGCAGCGGCUUCGAAGUCGAGACUUCGUCGACUGCUAAAACGUUUCCUACAACGAGCAACGAAGUGACCACGACGACGACACCUGUGCCAAGAACUGUUACGACGGAUUCUACGAAGACUGUUGUGAAAACUGAGUUGGUUCCGUCGAUCGGGUUCUCGUUAAACACGGACGAGGGACGCGAGGAAUACGUGGAGGCUGUUCUGGGAGGUCUGAUCGAACCGGAACCCGCGGAAAGCGAGAAGAAGGAGACGAUCGUUUCAGGAAAAGUCGAGGAACAAACAAAGAACGAAACCUCAGUGACAGUUUAGAGUACUGCUGGUUUACACGAGGAUCGACCAGAUGGGCCUUAGUUUUAGAAUGAAAUCUGUGAUGUCGUGCUGUUUUAUGUUUUAGACUUCUGGGACCGUCCAUUCUUUCCUUUUGUGUUAAUCGUAUUCGCGUAGUUUAUUCAGUUUAAUCCACGAUCGUGUAAUGUUUGUAUAUUUUACGCUUAUCGAAAAUUAUGGGAAUUAGUUAUUUUUUUAAGGAAUUUCUCCACGUUUUGAAAUUGUAAUAAAUUGAUAACAUUCAGAGAUUGAAAGAGAUUCUUCUAUUUAAACGUACAUAAAAGUUAUGAUAUUUUCCGUCCUACGUUAACAAUUUACUAAUAAUCUAUUACCAGAAAGUAAUCAUUGUGUUAUGCAUUUGGAAACCACGCAGGAAAUUUCCAAUUGUAAUUGAGAAUAUUAACAUAUAGUAUAAUAGAACGCAUAUAAAGUUUACAUAACUUUACGAUAGUGUUAGAAUAGAGUUACGCUAUAUGUGACUGUAUACGCGUAGAAUAAUAAAUAAACAGAUAUCGUCGAUAGAAUAGGUAAUUGAUCUUUAAAGGCAAAUUAAUCAGAUAUCAUUAGCGUUCGAUUAAUUUUAUUCCUACCAAUGACAAGGAACAGGGUCUCAAUAUUAAAACCGAAAGCAAUGGAUUCGUAGAUGUGUGUGUAUACUUAAAUGUAUGUACGAGUGUGCAAGAGGGAAUGGCAACUAGGUAGUUAUGAAAAUGUACCUUAUGUAAUCCAAUACAU